CCCCCCCCCAAGAAGAAUCCGCCCCCAUCCAUACCACCAAAAAAACCCAAAAAGAGCUAGGUCUCACAAGCUGUUCACUUAGACAGCGAUCCUCGGCUCACUAUCCAGGCAGCAGGAGAUGGAGCACGACGUCGACUACCAUCACCACCACCACCAGCAGCAGCAGGAGGAGGAGGAGGAGGCCAUGGAGCUGCCGCCGGGGUUCCGCUUCCACCCCACCGACGAGGAGCUCAUCACGCACUACCUCGCCAGGAAGGCCGCCGACCCGCGCUUCGCCCCGCGCGCCGUCGGCGAGGCCGACCUCAACAAGUGCGAGCCGUGGGACCUGCCAUCUCGGGCGACGAUGGGCGACAAGGAGUGGUACUUCUUCUGCGUCAAGGACCGCAAGUACCCGACGGGGCUGAAGGCGAACCGGGCCACGGAGUCGGGCUACUGGAAGGCGACGGGGAAGGACAGGGAGAUCUUCAGGGGCAAGGCACUCGUCGGCAUGAAGAAGACGCUCGUCUUCUACACGGGGAGGGCCCCGAGGGGAGGCAAGACCGGCUGGGUCAUGCACGAGUACCGCCUCCAAGGCAAGCACGCCGCCGCCGCCACCAGUAGCAGCCUCGUCGUCCCGUCGUCGGUCAGAGCUGGCGCGUCGUCAAAGCAGGACGAGUGGGUGCUGUGCAGGGUGUUCAAGAAGAGCAUCGAGCCGCCAUCCGUGCCCGGCAGCAAGAGGUCAUCGUCGGUUGCGUGCAUGGGGACGGAGGGCACGGGAGUGGGAGUGGGGCCGUCGUCCAUGUCCACAGAGGACGACUUCGCCGCGUGCGCCGCGUUGCCUCCGCUGAUGGACGUGUCCGGCGGCGGCGCCAACAUGUCGCUUUCAGCAGCGGCGGCGGCGGCGGCGGCGUCCAUCGAGCUGACGCCACCUGCAGCACCGGCACCACACGUGACCUGCUUCUCCAACGCGCCGCUGGAGGGCCAGUUCCUGAACCCACCAUUCCUCCUCCCUUCCGCCGCCGCAGCCGCGGACCACAUCGCCCUGGCGGCCUCCGCCUCGCCGUUCCUGGCGAGCAUGAUGAUGCAGCAGCAGGCGCAGUACGCCGGCGACGCGGGCGUGGUGCACGGCGACGGGCUCCUGCAGGGGGCCGGCGGGUGGUACGGCAAGCUGGCCGGCGAGAGGGAGCGGCUGAGCGGCGGCGGCGUCCCCGCCGAGAUCUCGUCGACGCGGCACUGCAUGGAUCACGAGGCCUCCUUCUGGGGCUUCUGAGCUCUCGACCUUUUCCGCGAUCGUUAAAAACUGGAUUAGAUUAGCCACCGGAUUGGAAACGGGGAUUCUAGUGUGCUUUUUUUUAAUGGGAGCAAAAAUUGUUGUGAAGAAAGUUUGUUUUGCGUAGUACUAAAUUAAUUGAUUUGGGUUUAGAGUUAUAUAUAGCGUGCCUGUGUGAUACUUGUGUGAAGAUCUAUGAGGAACGCAGAAAUCCUUAGGCAAUCUCAAAUCAUACAUACUAAAAACUAUAGUGUGUGUCUGUAAAAGCUAGAAAUGGCUACGUGGAGCGAGGAUAUUCUGCAAUGGUUCUGCAUUAUAUUAUAUAUACUACAAUUAUAAUUUGUGUCAUGACUUA